ACUUUUUUUUUUUUCUUUUCCGAUACAACGAUUCAACGACAAGGAUAGUUGGUGGAUUUCGUGGAAGGAUUUAGAGAGGAGUUUUUUUCUAAAAACGCGAGUGUCUUUUCGAUUUGACCAGUGAUGAAUCGGAAGGGACGAAGCUGGGGGACGAAGAGGAUGGUCAGGUGUGCGGGUGAACGUUGAGCGCACGGGGAUCGGGACGGAAUUCGGAAGUGAAUUUGGGGAAGUGAAUAGAGGAGGAAAAGGGAACGAAAGUGGCCGAGAGUGAAUAAGUAAGAAGGUACGAGAGAGAUCUUGGAAGGGUGAAAUUUAAAAAAAAAAAAAAAAAGGGAGAGAGAAGGAGAGGGGUUAAAAAAAAGAGUAAGAUAAGAUAAGGAAAAAAAAAAAUAAAAAAGAGAAAGGGUGAGAGAAAGGGGACAUUGAAACGAGUGCGAGAGAACCACGAGGACAUUAACAUGUACUGACGCCACUAACACCUCCUCGAGACUUUCAAAAUGGCGGACAAGAAUAAGAUUCUGCCCUGGUCGAUGCUAUCCUAUCAGACCAGUCUCUUGAAUCACGUCUGGUACACCCAGCUCGCUUACAGUAAUAGAAUUUUGGAGAGCUUCAAGAUGCCCAGAAGCACAAGUUUUCACAUCCAUGACAUUCUGCAGCUCGAUUCGAAGCCAUCCCAGGAGGAAACGGAGGUGCAAGGUAGUACCACGGUGCUACCGACCACGAACGAUGUUCCGUCGGCAUACCAACAGUUCUUCGAGCACACGACGGCCAUGUUGCAGCCCGCGAUAUACGCGAAUCUGAACAGAGGCACGUUACCACCUCCACCGCCAGCUUUAUUGGGAUGGCCAACCGGUCCAACGUUACCCACCACGUUGCCUCAGCCUUUGGAAGAGGUGAACGUGUUGCAGCAACCAGACUCGACCAGCCCGACCAUCUCGGAUCUAUUUCCACCGAAACAGGAGGCCAGCCACGAGUGCAAGGAGGAAGAGUCGGCUGACUUCGAGGACGAGCAGCAGGCGAACGACCAACCCCACGAGACCGAGCACAAAAAGCGGAAGAGGCGGGUGCUGUUCUCCAAGGCGCAGACGUUCGAGCUCGAGAGACGUUUCCGCCAGCAGAAAUACCUGAGCGCCCCGGAGAGGGAGCACUUGGCCUCGAUUAUUCGGCUGACCCCCACCCAGGUGAAGAUCUGGUUCCAGAACCACAGGUACAAGACGAAAAGGGCGGCCACGGAGGCGAGCGGGAGCGGAUGUUCGCCGAGAAGGGUCGCUGUACCGUUGCUGAUCAAGGACGGGAAGCCCUGCCAGUCGAAGCUGAUGGAGCCUGCCGCGUAUCCGACCACGGGCCAGGUUCCUAUGCCGCCGUACAUGCAGAAACCGUAUUGGUGGUAAGAUGGACUGCUCGUCAUGGAAUGCGAGAAUCACUCGUCGGUGUUUGUCGAUGGCUGGGAUAAUUCUAGGGAGGAUCGAUCGAGAAGAAGGCGAAACAGUCGAAGAUGUUGUACAGUGGUAUAGAUUUUGGUGGAAAGAAGAAGGUCGUUGUUAAUUAACGAUCGUUAUCGAGAAGAACGAUUUGUCUUUUCAUCGGGAAAGGGAAAUUGUGGAUGAUUCGAUGAUUGGAAGGAUUCGAAGAAAUCUUUGGGCGAGUUGGUACAUCACAGAGAUUGUGUCAGUGGAGGAGAUGUUGAAUUUAUCAUUGAUUAUUGAUACUUGAAAUAUCUGAAGGAUUAGGAGAAGGAACAAAAUAGAUUUCUUAGAUUUUUGGAGAAAUUAUGGAGAAUUUCGUCUUUUUUGGAAGAGAAUUAUGGAUUUUUUGUAUAAACAAGAUAAGAAAUCUAAUUGUAAACUGAUUUUUGAACAAUGAAAGCUAAGUAAAGUGGAUGGAAGAGAAAGAUUAUGGAUAUGUUUAAGUCAAUAGUAACGGGUUCGAACUUCUCAUGAACAAUAAUCUAAAGAAUCAAGUGAAAUGUUAUCUUCCUCAUCAUAUAUCAAAGAAUCUUGAAACAACAAACGAUGGAAAGAUAUGAAAAUAAAAAAAAAAAUCAAUCGAAGAAAAAGAGAAAUCGACAAGUACCGCGAACAAUAAUCCAUCCCAUAACUGUCAAGAGAAUUCCAGUGCAGAAAAGAAACGUUUUGACUUUAAUAUCAUAGGAUUAUCAAGAAUCAAACGUAUUAUUAGCUUAGAUGAUUAACAGUAAGAAACGAGUGUUUGCCUGUGAAACUUCGACUAAUUUAACUCGAGUUCUCGUUGUUGAGUGUGCUGCCAAUCGAAGUUGAUGAUCGACCAUUAUCCUAAUUCGACGCGAAAUUUGAAAAUUCGAUGAAACUUUUAUCGAUGAAAGUGUCGUUCGAGUGAAUUAAACUGCGUCUAUGUUUUGUCGAUUCUAUCG